GCAAAGAUGGAAAAUGUAUGAUUUAAGUCCUCUCUCCAUAACUGGAGAUAAAAGCGCCGUGGAGGAAUGAAAUCAUUAAUGAAUCCAGCAGAAUUGGGGUGCUUUUAAAAGUGAGCUUUGGAUUUUUAUAACAUGAGUGGGCAAGAACUAGAUGGCCCAAAUGAAAGCAUGCACAAAGAAAUAAAAAACAACAACAAGCAGCCCUUACUUUCGCCUGAUGAAGAUGCUAAUGCCAACCGAAUCCCUAAAGUGGAACGUCAAACUGAGGGAGGAAAGCUGCCUCCUCUCCAGCUAUCACAAAGCAGCACCCAGGAAAGGAUUAUCAUUUGGGGUACACAUUCACGCAGUAAAGACCCCGAGCUAGAAGAAUUCGAAUUAUUAGAGUGUCAGGAGUUUGACACAUUUCUCAAAGAGCAAAACGAUAGCAAAAGAAGGGCAAAGAAAGACCCUUGUCAGAGGCAGGCUGCUCUUAGUUCUUUGGACCCUGCCCGUCCAGACAAGAAUGCCAACCACAGAACGGAAAUGGAUCUAGAUCAGAGCACUCAACCCCUAGACCUUAGGACCUCUGCCUCACGGUCUGAGUCGAGAAGGAGCCUGAAAGAUGGACGCAGUAACUCAGAGAACAAUGUGUUCGUCUCUACAUUCUCAGUGGUCAGCAGCCUCAGCGGAAGCUUGUCCAGUUCCCUCGAUAGUGCUGGACGUACAGAGUCUCCCUCCUUCCAAUUCAGCAAGCCUACCUCAGAUAAGUGCAGAUUCCAACAGCCAGCCACAGUUAAAUCCAUUUGCCUCAAUGAACAAACCAGGGAACAGCCCAGGAACGUGAAUUUAAACCACAACUCCACCAUACUGCCUCAGGACCCUGGUGACAGCAACUGCCCAACAGACAGGCAAAGCUUGAGUGCAGAAGGGCAAGGAAAUGGUUUAUUCACCAAAUUCCAGAGAAACAUUGAAAGAGUGCCACCUUCUUGCCGCCAGCUUGUACAUCCACUCUCUCCAGGAAUAGAUAAAAGGUUUACCUCAGGAUAUCAGGGGCAAAACAAUGCCCAUCAGCGGCUAUCACGCUCCUUAGACACAGGUCCCAAAACCAGUCAACAGAUAGACUCAAAGAAUCCAUCUGAGAACAACAGUAAUACCCAGUCUUUUAGCUCAGGCUUAAGGAUCCAACCCAGCGAGUCUUCCACCAAGGUGGGCUCCAUCCUUAGAAGGCAGGGUUCAGCAGAAAAUGCUGCCAGUGCCCUGGAAAGAAAGAGCCAUUUGAGCCGCAGAGCCUACAGCAGCCCUACCAGAUCAUCGACCCCACCGUCUCCAAAAAACAAAGGCUCUCCACAGAGACACCCUCCAAUGUCACCUGUCAAAACCAGAGUAGCCACUCGAGGUCCUCAGCUGGGCUACGGUGCUUCUCACGGGUAUAGCUUAAGACCUCCUGUCAAAACCACGGUUAACAUGAAUGUUCAAAACCCUGUACCACAACUGAGCUCUGCAGCGACGUCUCCACCUAAGUGCCCCCCGAAACCCAAAAGCGUUCGCCCCAAGAUUAUCACCUACAUACGCAAGAGCCCACAAGUGAAUCCGCAGUCAGCUGAUGGCCAUUAUGAAGUCUCUUCACUACCAACUAGGCUGUCAGCAUCCACCAGUCUUCCAAACUCCAAACCAUCAGCAGCGGAGCCACCUGAAGCUCCAGUGCAGAGUGCCUCCAACCUGCUUUAUGAUAAGUAUCGACAGGAUCUACAGAAGACUUGUGUCUUAUCUCCUGAGUUAAUGGUGUCUGGAAUAAAGCCUCCCAGUCAUAACAUUAUCCACAAAGCUACCAGCAGGACAAACAGCUUCUGUGGGUUUCUAGCCAACAAUUACUUGCCUGCUGGGACUGACAGAUUUACAGCCACUUUAGGACCUGCUGCCUCAGGAGCCAAGCACCCCCCAGAAGCCCAGAUGUUAACACAAGAGACAGGGGGAUAUUUCCAGCCUCCUCGAUCCCUGCGACCUCAGCUUGGUGUGGGUGCCGUCAACAGGGCUCCACCUACAGCGCCUAAGAGCAGGAUCUUCACUGGGCAGAAAUCACCCUUGGCCAUCAGUCAACCAGUGCAAGCAGUAUCUCCAUCUACGACUGCACAAGCGACGCCACCAACAACCUCAUCAGUGACCCCAUUUACUCACAGCCCUCCAGAGUCUUUAGAUCACAAAAAGCCACCAGCAGCAGGUCUCACUGCUAAAUCUCUGUUGCCCAAACCAGCUUCAUCAGGCCUUCGCCCUCCUGGCUACUCCCGCCUCCCUCCACCACGGCUCGCCGCUUUCGGUUUUGUUCGAAGCUCCAGUGUGUCUUCUGUCACCAGCAACCAGUCUGUUGAGAGUACACGAAGUGAUCCAUGCAGACCAGUAUACCGUCCUGCCAGUGAGGGUGAUGACCCCCCUUUUCACAGGGUCAUUACAGCCUCCUGCGGAGAUGGGCCAAAGGUAAUGUGCCGCAGCAGCCCGCAGCCCCCCAGCACGCCUGUACCCACUCGCCGCCCACUGCUGCCCCCUCCCUCAGGCUCCCCAGUCGGUACAAGAAAGGAGUUCCAGAAAAAUUCUGACGGUUCCCAUUCUGCACUCUCCUCCCCAAAGCGACUGGCUGUUGUUUCACCAAAACCACAAUCACCAGUCCUUCAGAGGCAGAGGGCAGCAGCUGCGGCCACACGGGUACCUGCAGUUCCCGGGGUCCCAGGUGUGCCGGGUAAGGGGCACAGUGGCUCUCCGGGACUGAAGAAGAAAAAAGAAGAGGAGCAGAGAAAGGAGAAAGAGCGAGAGGAAGAGGAAAGGCUAGAGGAGGAGGUACAGCAGCUGCAGACUCAAUGCAAGGAGCAGAACAGGCAGCUUCUGGCUCUUCGAUCUGAAUUAAAGAGGACCGUGUUGGGCCUGGACACUUUAGCCAUCUGUACCCAGCACUUCUGCCUGCAGAGUGAAAGUACAGAGCAGAAGGAGAGACAUUUGUCUCUGGAGCUCACCAAGGUUCAGGAGGAACAGGAUCUCACAGCUGCUCGAUGGGAGCUGCUGCAGCAGGAGAAGGUGGAACUGGAAGAGAGUUUUGAGCUGCAGCUCAGAGAGCUUCAGGAGCAGCAGGAGUCGGAGCUUCUCACUCUGGAGGAGCAGCUUAGGGCACGCCACGCCUCUGACACUGAUCACUUAAAAGCCGAGCAUCAAUCACAUGUGGAGGAGCUGAGAACCCAGCAACAAGAGCAGAUUGAAGAGUUGACAGCUCAACAUGAGUCCACCUUGGAAGAUCUUAGAACCAUGCACAACAUGACCAUGGCGAGCCAGCAAGAGGAGCAUGCCAGGACCAUGAGAGACCUGAGGAAAGCACAUGAGCAGCAGAAAGCUAUUCUGGAUGAUGACUUUGAGAAACAGAGAAUCUCUCUUCAGGAUCAGGUGGACACGAUGACGUUUCAGAAUCGAGCUCUGAGAGACAAGGCCAAGCGUUUUGAAGAGGCUCUGAGAAAGAGUGCAGAUGAGCAGAUAAUGGAUGCUCUUGCCCCGUAUCAGCACAUUGAACAGGACCUGAAGAGCCUGAAAGAGGUUCUUGAGAUGAAGAACCAGCAGAUCCAUGAACAGGAGAGGAAAAUCUGCCACCUGGAGAAAAUGCAGGCUCAAAAGAAUGGUUACCUGGAGGAGAGGGUUCAGGUGCUGCAGCAGCAGAAUGAGGAUCUGAAGGCCCGCAUCGAUCGUAACACCGUACUGUCCAGACAACUAUCAGAGGAGAACGCUAACCUGCAUGGACACGUGGAGCGAGAAUCCAAUGAGAAGAAGCGCCUGAGCCGCAACAACGAAGAGCUACUUUGGCUGCUCCAGACGAGCCCCAACAUGUCACCGUCCUCCUCCCCCAGUCACAGGGUCUUCUUCCCAGGGCAUGAAAUCCCCCCUUAUACCUGCUCUCCCGGUCCUGAAACCCCAACUCACUCCCACUCGUAUUCUCCUGGACCAUGCACUCCUUCUUACAUGGUGGGAUCUCCAGGCCCAGGUACGCCCACUCACAGAGGCUCAGGAGCGGCCAGGUGCUCCCCUGGACACGUCCCUAAUGCCAACACACUGCCCAGAUAA